AUGAUGAAACUGUUUUCUUUUGCAGAAUCUUGCCAUCUUUUGAGACUGAGACAUAGUUGGAUGUUCCUCAGAGACCUUCUAAGUGGAGUAAAUACAUACUCAACUGGGAUUGGGAGGAUAUGGCUGGCUGUUGUGUUCAUCUUCCGUUUACUGGUCUACAUAGUAGCAGCAGAACAUGUCUGGAAAGAUGAACAGAAAGAAUUUGAAUGCAACAUUAGACAGCCUGGUUGUGAAACUGUGUGUUUUGACCACUUCUUCCCCAUAUCCCAGGUUAGACUUUGGGCCUUACAGCUGAUUACGGUUUCCACACCUUCUCUUCUGGUAGUUCUACAUGUAGCCUAUCGUGAGGGGAGAGAGAAAAAGCACAAAAAGAAACUCUAUGUGAGUCCAGGUACAAUGGAUGGGGGCCUAUGGUGCACUUACGUCAUCAGCCUCAUCGUUAAAACUGGUUUUGAAAUUGGCUUCCUUGUUUUGUUUUAUAAGCUCUACGAUGGCUUUCGUGUUCCCUACCUUUUGGAGUGUGAUUUGAAGCCUUGUCCUAACACUGUAGACUGCUUCAUCUCUAAACCCACUGAGAAAACCAUCUUCAUCCUCUUUUUGAUCAUCACUUCAUGCUUGUGCAUCGUGUUGAAUUUCAUUGAACUGAGCUUUUUGGCUCUCAAGUGCUUCAUUAAGUGCUGCAUCAAAAAAUAUCUUAAAACCCUUAAGUCCUCAGUGUGUGAAUGUCAUAACUUCAAAUAUGCUGAAUGUAGUGAGAUGGCAGCCCCUGCUCUACGCCAGAAUCAGCAGUUAGGCUUUGUCACAGGCACACUUCGACAACCCGAAGAAAAGCUAUUUUGUGACACACAGGAGGGUGAAACACAGAAACUAUGCAUCUCUCUGAAACAAAGAUCUUAA